AUGGCCGGGCACGACUUCAUGGACUAUGCCAACGGCCAGGGGGGCUCCGAUGCAUGCACGGACAUGUCUGACCCAGACAAUGCCGGCUUGUCAGCCUGCCUUGCUUCUGGGGAGCACGGCAUCUCGCUGGCGCAGGUCUACCAGCAGUUCUGCACCUCCGUGUCCUUGGCGGACUUUCUGGUGAUUGCGGCCGAGGCGGUGAUGAUGUCCACGCGGGCGCGACAUCAGGCAGCUGUGUCGGCGCCGAGCCUCGACUUGAAAUCCUCCUUCCGCUACGGCCGCACCACUGCCCAAACCUGCGGCUUCGCAGAGGGGCGCCUGCCCAACCCCGAACGCGGCUGCGACGCCGUGCAGGAGACGUUUCUGGACGGCAUGGGCCUCGACUGGACGGAGGCUGCCGCUCUCAUGGCCGUUCACACUCUGGGACGCGCACAGGUGAGCAACUCAGGCUACCAUGGGUGGUGGAGCGAUCCAGAAAACUCCCGGCGGUUCAACAACGACUACUUCGUCUCCUUGCUGGCAAAGGGCUGGGUCCCGGAGCGGUCCAUCUCGGGCAACACCGCGAAGAACCAAUGGGAGCGCAGCGACAUAGGGCGCGACACGACCUUCGACGGCCAUGAGAUGAUGCUGAACACCGACAUGUGCCUCGUGUAUCGCGAGACUGGCCCGAAUGGUGGCCCUGUUCUGGCCGACCAACACACUUGCUGUGCUUGGCUGGCUUCCCCAGAAAUCCGGGGUGCCGUGGCGAGCAACGGCGGCGAGUACUGCGGUGGUGCGCCCGGGCCGGAUCCCCGUCAGGAGCGCCAGAAGUGCUGUGGUCCGCAGCAGGGGGACUGUGGCGAUGAGCGGAACCCAACUGGGCCAGCACAACAGGCGGUGCGGAACUUCGCAACCGACGAAGCUGUUUGGCUGGAAGCCUUCGUGCGCGCGUGGACGAAGGCGGUCGAAAAUGGCCACACCGGCCUCAAGAGCCUUGGCCAAUGCCCGACGACGUCCACCACCAGCUCGAUGCCUUCGAGUUCCAGCUCCAGUUCCAGCCCAGGCUCCUCCAGCACCAGCUCAGCGGGCGCGUCGAGCUCCACGGAGGCCGCGUCGUCGCCGAGCAGCACCUCCGACGCAGGGUCGAGCAGCCCGAGCAGCACCUCCAACUCCGAGACGCAGACUCCUGACCUGACGAGCUCCUCCGGUUGUGCGACCUGGGAUUUCGCAGGGCCGCGCCUGAUCUUGAUCUGUAGCCUCGGCAUGCUCAGACGUUUGCUGUAG